AUGGCUCGAUUAAUUCGAACUGCUCAAAGUGCGCUGCGAUUGUCUUCUUCUUGUUCAUGCAAAACCCUAGUCAAUGGCAUUCAACGCCACCCAAAUCCUCCGCUGCAAGUGCAGAAAGCAAUCUCAACCUCUCUCUUCCAAAACAGACCUUACGCUUCUGAGACGCUUCCCAAGUCGCCCAUGGAAGCUAACAUCCUUAGAAUCCUCAGAAACGAGGAGGAGUACCAGUCCGAUUAUGCUCCUCCUGAACAGCCUCCUACAAAAUUCAAUUCGUUUACGGUGCAAGAUCGGCCAGGUGAGCUGUGGAUGACAAUGAGAGGAAAAUUUGGAGACACUGAGGAUAUUAAAAUUGAAGUUACUAUGUUUGAUGGGUAUGAAAUGGUUCCCAAGACUGGAGAUGACAGUUCUGGGGAAGACGUGCUUCUUCACCUCAGUAUGAUUGUUGAUAUUUCCAAGGGGGAUGGCUCCAAUGAUUUGGAGUUUCUGUGCUCGGCCUGGCCGGACCGUCUAGAGGUUCAGAAAGUUUAUGUUCUUGAUCGUUAUAGAAUGCCGGCUAAGCCAUAUAUGGGACCUGAUUUCAGGAGUUUGAAGAGAACGAUUCAAAAGAGGUUUAUUGAGUAUUUGGAAGCAAGGGGAGUGAAUGAUGAGCUUUCUGUUUUCCUGCAUCAAUAUAUGGCGAACAAGGACAGAAUAGAACUUAUCAAAUGGUUGGGAAAGGUCAAGUUGUUUCUGGAAAAAUAG